AUGCGAUAAAAGAUAAAGCGAAAGAAGAUUCUUACAGAUAAACCAGUCAUAAUUUACCCGCAAUAAUUAAAAAUGAAAAAUAAUCAUUUUACAAAGAAAAUAUGGAACUAGGCAUUUUACAGACUGUUUGAGAUUGACGAAAAUGGCAGACAACAUCACAGAUGAUGAUUACGAAAGUCUUCAAUAUCAGCAGAGAUUAAAAGCAGCACUCCAUUACACUACAAUGAAGAUAUGCCAACAGCAGUCCUCCGAGCUAGAUGUUGUCUGCACAAAACAGCUGGUAGCCUCAAUAUCAGAAACAGCAUGGAGACAAUGUCAAAAGUUUGCAGAAGAUAUGGAGAUGUUUGCCAAGCAUGCCAAAAGGACAACAGUAAAUGCAGACGACAUCAAAAUGCUAACAAGAAGGUCUGGGUCUCUGCAUAAAUAUGUAAGUGGAGUCCAUGAGAAAUUAAAUGAAAAUAAACAAGAUGGUAAGAAACAGAAAAAGAGUAAAAAGAAAGCUGGACCAUCAACAACUGUUACCAUGGAAACCGAUGAAGAGUCAAACAUGUGAUUGGACCAAAGAUAUUAUAUAUUGGACUUUGGACCUAAAUGCAGAGACAUCAUUUAAACUAACAAGACUAAGGAUGAGAUGCAUACAAAGAGCUGGUUCCUGGACAAGAACUGGUGUGACUGAACCAGGUUAAAAUUUACAUGUAUGGAAUAACUGUUAUUUGAUUAAUAUGUUAGUUUUAGUUUCAUAAGUACUGCAUACUUGAUUUAUACAUGUACUGUUUUGUAUGCCCCAUGUAUGGGCAUUAUGUUUUCUGGUCUGUGGGUCCGUUUGUCCAUCAGGUUAAAGUUUUUGUUCAAGGUAGUUUUUGAUGAAGUUGAAGUCCCAUCAUCAGUAAACAUGUUCCUAAUGAUAUGAUUUUUCUAAUUUCCAUGCAAAUUAGAGAUUUUAUCCUAUUUUCACAGUCCACUGAACAUAAAAAAUGAUAGUGUAGAUGGGGCAUCCCUAUACUUGGGACAAAUUCUUGUUCAACAUGUUCAAUCAUAUGUUAGUUUCUUGAAAUCAAGUAUUGCAUUUUUGAUUUUAUAAAAAUAAAUUUAAAGACACAUCAUAAAAUCUUGCACAGGUCACUCUCAUUCUGUAUAGGUUACUGACCUAAAUGAUUUCAAGUUGUCAAAAUUUGGCUUGAAAUCUAAGUUUGCAAAUAGAAAUGUUAAGCAUUAUUUAGACAACUUUGAUUAGUUUGACAAUUUUAUUUUGAAGAUUUAGUUUAGACAUCUUUAUUUAAAAUUUGUAGUAAAAAGAUACAAUUGUUACUACAUGUAUUGACUUUUGAUAUUAUUUUUUUUUAUGAAACUCUGUUAUGUUAGAACAUUACUUAAUCUUCAAUAAUGUUUAAACAUAGAAGCUUCUACCAAUUUGGUAUUAUGCCCUGGGAAGAGCUAGGGAAAAUAAUUUCAAACAUUUAUGUAUGGUUCAUUGUACACAUGGUGCAGAUCAGUAGAAUCAAUGAGAAACAUUUUUGAUGCAAGAGACUCAUUUCUAAUUUCUAUUUUAUAAAUGAACUGCCCCAUUGACCUUGGUGAAAAUUUGUAUUGAGAUUAUUUUAAUAGUCCGAACUUGCAAUUAUUCCCUGAUAUUUUUGAUUGAUGUAUAAUCAAGGGAGAUAACUAUAUCAUUAAACAUAUUUCCUUUGAAGCAAGUAAAUCUUAUGUGUUAAACUACAAUGAUUUAAUUUUGGAUGAAACGCGUCUUCUGAUUGGCUGACGUAAUUUUGUUAUGAGCCCAUAGACAUAAUGAAGUCUUGUGACCAUGACGUCAUCAACAUUUUUUCAUGGUUUUCUACGGUUUAAAAUGGAAUUUAGAAUUAAAUUUUAAGA